AUAACCUUUUCCUGUGACAUUUAUCUGACCAGUCGAUCGACACACUAUUGAUUGGGGAUAGGUGACGCGGUGGGACCAGUUCUUGUCAUGCAACGCUCAAGUAGUCAGUCGACGACUUCGUCGGGCUCAGGUAAACCAGCCGACUAUGUCUGCUUUGAGCGUAGUUCUACUGGGUUUUCGGAUGAUGCUAUUCACCGUGCAAAGGCCGCGCAGCUCAAGCUGGAGCAUUUCUACAAGGUCGCUGUAGAAGCUGCCAUUGAGCGGAACACCAGGCGCGUCGAGCUUGAAAGGAAGCUGCAGGCCGAUGUGACGACGUCUGAAGAAAGGAAACAUCGCCAACUACAACAACUGGGAAAGAAGGAGUCUACUUAUCUUCGUCUUCGACGGACGCGCUUAGGCUUGGAAGACUUCAGAACAGUCAAGGUGAUCGGGAAGGGUGCUUUCGGUGAGGUCAGGCUGGUCCAAAAGACUGAUACCGGUAAAAUAUAUGCCAUGAAAACGUUGAAGAAGGAGGAGAUGUUGAAAAAGGACCAGUUGGCCCACGUCCGUGCGGAGCGCGAUGUUCUGGCCGAGUCCAACUCCGCUUGGGUGGUUCAACUGUUUUAUUCCUUCCAGGACGCGCAAACGUUGUAUCUUAUCAUGGAGUUCCUCCCUGGCGGUGACCUCAUGACCAUGCUCAUUAAAUAUGAUACAUUCUCCGAGGAUGUCACUCGGUUCUACAUUGCGGAAUGUGUACUUGCCAUCGACACUGUCCAUAAGCUUGGCUUUAUCCACAGGGAUAUCAAACCGGACAACAUCUUAAUUGACAAGGACGGUCACAUAAAGCUGUCCGAUUUCGGACUAUCCACUGGUUUUCACAAACAGCACGAUUCAAGUUACUACCAGCGGCUUCUAGACUCUGCUAAUGGCGUGCAGUCACCAACGACUGCCGCCCGUAACAGUGUCAUGGUCAAUGCCAUACACUUGACCAUGUCAAGCAAGGACCAGAUCGCGACCUGGAAAGCCAAUCGCCGGAAACUGGCAUAUUCCACUGUCGGGACUCCUGAUUACAUCGCCCCAGAAAUCUUUCAGCAAAAAGGUUAUGGUAAUGAAUGUGAUUGGUGGUCAUUAGGUGCAAUUAUGUUCGAAUGCCUCGUCGGAUACCCUCCCUUCUGCUCCGAAUCCACGCAUGAAACCUAUCAAAAGAUCAUGCAAUGGCAAUAUCACCUAGUGUUCCCAGAUGAUGUUCAUCUGAGCCGAGAAGCUGAAGAUCUGGUCCGGCGACUCAUCACAUCUCAAGAUCGGCGAUUAGGUAUCGAACAGAUCAUGAAUCACCCAUUCUUCUAUGGCGUGGAUUGGGAUACUAUACGCCGGAUUGAUGCGCCUUUUGUGCCGCAUCUUCGCUCGAUCACGGAUACGUCGUACUUCCCUACGGAUGAGAUUGACCAGGCACCAGCUGAAGCCCCUGUAGCGGACCCCGCUGACGCUCAAAAGGACCUUGCGUUCCUCGGAUAUACCUUCAAGCGAUUCACGAUUUCAUCGCACGCUGUUUGAUGCUGUACUUGCUCGUUAAUGGCUGUAGAUAUUAUAUAUGCAAGAUUUGUACACAUGUACUUAUUCCUAUUGACUACACGGCGAACUCAUGCCGUCAUUUCAACACACUUAGGUGCGCAUGUACAGCGUGCUGCGCCUAGGUCUGGCUAGGUACGGCAACUGACGAUUUUAUCGACCCGACGCUCUGGGUGUGGGCUAUGUCCUGAUUCGUUAGGUUAAAGUCGGCACUGCCAUGACUGCGGGGGCGUUCUGAAUAAAUUCAUGAAGCACAGCGACAGCCAGACAUAUUCCAUGACAUAUCAUUGGUCUGCA